CACUAUCCAUAUACAUCACCACAUAGCCAGUCCCCAGCAAUGCCGUCCAUCACCGCCCGCACCGGUGCUUUGCUCUUAGGGAGCCACAUGAUCUCCCAAGGUCUCGCUCUCGUGCUCGACGACAACGUCGGCCGUCUUCCAGCUCUCGGUUGGAACUCUUGGAAUCGCUUCGGCUGCGACAUCACCGAGUCUCAGUUCCUCACUGCCGCCCAGAAGUUUGUCGACCUGGGUCUAAAAGAUGCCGGCUACGAAUAUGUCAACAUUGACGACUGCUGGCAAGUCAAGGACCGUCGCGACGAUGAAGGUCGAAUGGUUCCCGACCCCGAACGCUUCCCCGAUGGCAUCAGUGGCACUGCCGACAAGAUCCACGACAUGGGCCUGAAGAUCGGCAUCUACAGCAGCGCCGGUGACAAGACCUGCCAAGGCUACGUAGCUUCCAUUCGCAACGAGGAGACUGAUGCCGCAACAUGGGCCGAAUGGGGGGUCGACUACCUAAAGUAUGAUAAUUGCUACAUUCCUGGCGAAAUGAAAGACGAAUGUAACUAUUGCGUCCCCGAGCUGACUAAGCUCGAAAACGGCACCUGCGUCGACACAAAAGGUCUGUGCCCGUCAGAUUAUGACUACCACAAAUCCAACUCGGCGAAACGCUUCACGGCUAUGCGCGACGCUCUCGCCAAACAGGACCGCACCAUUCUCUACUCCAUCUGCGAAUGGGGUACAGCCAACGUUCAGCAGUGGGGUAACGAGACAGGUUCUUCGUGGAGAAUGUCCAACGACAUCGACCCCUCAUGGAAACGCAUCCUCGACAUCUGGAACCAAAACUCCUUCCAAAUGCAUUACGUCGACUUCUGGGGCCACCCAGAUGCAGACAUGCUCGAAGUCGGUAACGGCAUCACACUUCCACAAAGCCGCUCGCACUUUGCCUUCUGGGCUGCCAUGAAGAGCCCCCUCCUCAUCGGCUGCGAUCUUGAAAAGGCCAAGCCCGAGGAAAUCGAGGUCAUGAAGAACAGACACCUCCUCGCCUUCAACCAAGACCCCGUCGUCGGCAAACCCGCAGCCCCGUACAAAUGGGGAACCAACCCGCAAUGGACCUUCAAUGCCUCUUUCCCCGCUGAGUUCUGGAGCGGUGCUUCCAGCAACGGCACUUUGGUUCUCAUGUUCAACCCUCAUGACGACACCAGGUUCAAGUCGUCUACCUUCUCUGAAAUUCCUGAACUCGCUGGCGGUGACGCUUACGAGGUUCUUGAUGUCUGGUCAGACAAGAGCUUGGGUUGUGUGCGCGAGAAGCUGCAGGCUGAUGUAGAGGGCUUCGAUACCGCGGCUUUCUUAGUCGGCGGUAAGUGCGAAGUCGAUGAGGUUUAG